AUGGCGGAGGCGUUUCAAGACUCGACCAAGUUAGCAGAGGAUUGGCUCACCUACAGGCCUGAUCAGAGCACUCUUGAUCCGAAUUUGGGCUUCGUUGAACUAUUCUAUCAAACCUGCUCGGCUGCUCUGGUCCAUCUCUGGAGAUCGCAUUUCCGAUCAACUAUUCGAGGGUCCCACAGAAACACAUUGAAGAAGGAUGUUGCCAACAUUGAUUUGUGGGAAGAUAAUUUUCCAAUUGGGCACCUUGAUACUAUUCUGGGACGAUCACAGCCCUUGAAGUUAAACGUGAUCGAGAACCUGAAGGGCAUCGGAAACGUCCUAAGGCCAUACUUCGCGAUUUAUGACUCAAGCACACACGCAGGAAACGGGCGCGAUGUCGCCCAAGAUCUUGGUCAAGAAUUGGAGACUCAGCUAGAAAAAGCUGUCAUAAUCUUGGACAAAGCUGCAUCUGACUCGUCUUCAGAUGAUGAUUCCUUUGACAACUCAUCUGAGAGCAGCGAGAGUGAGUAUAAUCGUUUCGGGCGGCUUCACUGCUAUGUCAACUGCUUGAUGGAGCUGGUUCCAGUGAUCGAGAGGAACAUUUCGCGCUUGAAAAAGGAGGAGCAGUCACAGCACGUGCCACUCCGGAGCGAAUUUCUGUUGUCCCAGUCUGCGCAGCCUUUUGCCCUGCGCAUUCGAGAUCGAUUCAGAUCUGCUUCAACUCUGCUUGUGGAGCGAUUAGCAGAAGCCAACCUGGAAAGAUCUAUUCGCAUCAGGGAAAAUGAAGUCGACGACGAAGUAGUAGAUGCUCUGACUCUAUUCAAGCCCUAUUCUCAGUUUUGUGAUUCCGCCAUCGGGACAUCUCUCGCCCCAACAUCAUGCUACGCUGCAACUACAGCGUCACAUACCUCAUUCCUGUCAGUGACUGGAGAUGAAGGGAAAGGUCGACCUCGAGUACCCCCUCUACCAGUAGUAGGUGGUACAUUCCGCUGCUACUACUGUGGUGAUUAUGUAUCUAUGCCUAACAGAAUUUAUUGGAAGAUGCACGUUUAUUCGGAUUUGGAGUCAUACCUGUGCACACAUGAAGAUUGCAGAGACUCCUUCAAAACGUUCCGAAGCCGCAAGUCUUGGAUGGAUCAUGAAUACAUUGCGCACUUCAGUCAGUGUAUAUGGCGUUGCUGUACAUGCAAUUACACAGCCUAUGCCGAGAGAGAGUUCAUUGAUCAUUUGGUAAAAGUUCACGGCCUUGACAGCGCUGGGAGUCUUUUGAAGACAACAGUAUCAAGGGCUGAGGAGAGAGUUUUGAAGCCCCAAUUCAAAGAUCAUAAAUGUGCACUGUGCUUAGAAUUUGGUUGGAAGUCCCAGAAGGAGUAUGCCACACAUGUAGGAAGGCACUUGGAAGAAAUAUCUCUCGCAUGUCUUCCAAUCGAGGAGGAAGAGGUUAGCGACGUUGACUCAAAUGCUGACAGGUGGACCAAUGCGACUAAGGGAAGUGAACACGAAGCUGAGAUCAUCGAUGAAAUAUCGGAAGAUGAUGACGCUCGAGCCGUUUUAAAGUCGGGCCCGGAGACUUUUGGAGUCAGUCAUCCUUCGAAACGUACACCAUCCAAGGGAAGUAAGUCUCUAAGCCUCGAGAAUCUGCCUUCUAUCAUCAAGCAGAUCCAGUUCAGGUGCAAAGAGCCCGGCUGCAAGGGGCGCUUCAAGAGGCAGGAGCACCUGAGGCGCCACAUGAAGAGCCACUCCAAAGAGAAGCCUCAUGUUUGCUGGGUGCCCGGCUGCCACCGUGCGUUCUCUCGCAGUGACAACCUAAACGCCCACUACACCAAAACCCACAGCAAGCGGGGAGGACGAAACCGCUACGUCGCUACCCUAGAUGAGACCAGUCCGGACUACAACCCGGAAUACCGUGGCCCGCUCACCCCUGACGGCCGCCCCAUUUGUGGAUCCAAGCUGGAGGACCCCAAUCCCGAUUGUGGCAACCUAAGUGUCGAGGGACAAUUACCAGCGGCUGAGCCAGAAACAUAUGAGAUACCGGACGGCAAAAAUCUUUUGAAUACAGCAAAACCCCCUGUAUCCCCCAAGGGGGGAGCAUGA